CCCCAGCUUCACACGACCUACUCACAGUGCUGCUCUGUCCUGGUCUGACUUCUUCGGGGUUUUUAGGAACUAUCUUCUGAUGGAUGAUCAAUGAGGAACAACCUGACACACAAACACACACACCGUCGCCUUUGGUGACAGAAGAUAAAGCACAGAGCGGGACCUCUCUGUCAGAUCACAGCUUCUUCACUUGCAGAGCAGACCGGUAUCACCUGGAGGACUGAUCCCAGAUAUGAGACUCUGUGCCUGGGCUGGAGCUCGGUCUCUCCUGCCCGUCCUGGUUCUUUUGACUCUCCUCCAUGUCAAAGCAGACGUGCAUAGAUCCAGGGAAAGACAUUAUUACAUCGCUGCUGUUGAGAUAGACUGGAACUACUCUGGCAAUGACACACACAGGCUUGGUCCCACCUAUAAGAAAGUGGUCUUUCGGGAGUAUGAGAAAGACUUCAGACAUGCUAAAACUCAUCCCUCCUGGUUAGGUUUACUCGGACCCACGCUGAGGGCGGAGGAAGGAGAGACAAUUGUCGUCACUUUCAGAAACAUGGCGACUGGACCACAUAGCCUCCACCCGCAUGGGGUUGCUUACGGGAAACAGUCAGAGGGAGCCAGCUACUUUGACAACACAUCACAGAAAGAGAAGGAGGAUGACGUAGUGGAGCCCAACAGUGAACACGUUUACUACUGGGAGGUGACAUCAGAUGUUUCUCCACAGCCAAAUGACCCUACCUGUCUCACAUACACCUAUAUUUCCCACCAUAACGUUGUGGAGGACUACAACUCAGGGCUCAUUGGUACUUUACUCAUCUGCAAGCCUGACAGUCUGGAUGAGACGGGGAAGCAGAUUGCCGCCAACCAGGAGUACGUUUUCCUUUUUGGGGUCUUUGAUGAGAAAGAGAGCAAGUACAAACCAAACGGCCAUGCCUCAGACAACCAUGUCAAAUACACCAUCAACGGAUACACAGAGGGAUGGCUACCUGAUGUCAGCGUGUGUGCACAUGCCUCUGUGAGCCUGCAUCUGUUGGGUAUGAGCUCAGAGCCAGAGGUAUUCUCAGUGCAUAUGAACGGGCAGGUGCUGCAGCAGGCCGGACAUAAAGUGUCAUCUGUCGGCCUGAUCAGUGGCUCCUCCACCACUGCCAGCAUGGUGUCUCUCCACACAGGCCGCUGGCUGCUCUCCUCACACAUCGUCAAGCACAUGGAAGCUGGCAUGCAUGGCUUUGUGGAUGUGAAAAAGUGUGCCGGCUUCGACGCACCCCAGCGAAGGAUGACCAUUGAGCAGAAACGACACAGCAGAGAGUGGAAAUACUACAUAGCUGCUGAAGAAGUUGUCUGGGACUAUGCACCUGAAAUGCAUGACUACAUAGAUGAGAACUUCAAAUUUCAGUUCCUGAAACAGUCGUCAACGCGCAUAGGCAAGAAGUACAAGAAGGCAGUGUAUACACUGUACAACAAUGAGUCAUUCACUGAAAGGAUAGAGAACAAGCAAAGGAAAGAUGAACUUGGGAUUUUGGGCCCAGUGAUCAGAGCACAAAUCAGAGAUGUCAUCAAGAUUGUUUUUAAGAACAUGGCAUCCAGGCCCUACAGCAUCUAUCCACAUGGACUGACAAUAGAGAAGUCAGAAGAGGGAGUCAACUACCCUGCAGGAGGCAACCAGACCCAUGGUGUUCAGCCAGGUGAGACACACACCUAUGUUUGGAAAGUGGUGGAAGAGGAUGAGCCUUUGGACAAAGACUCUCGAUGUCUGACACGAAUGUACCACAGUGCAGUGGACACACCACGUGACAUCGCCUCAGGACUGAUAGGACCAAUCCUCAUCUGCAAGAGUCUGUCCCUCAAUGUCAGAAAUGUGCAGCUGAAAGCAGACAGGGAGCAGCAUUCCAUGUUGGCUGUGUUCGAUGAGAACAAGAGCUGGUACCUAGAUCACAACAUUCGCCAAUAUUGUGAUCAAUCCAAAGUCAACAAGGCAGACCCGGACUUUUAUAAGUCCAAUGUCAUGCAUACAAUUAACGGUUAUGUGUUUGAGAGCGGCCCACUCUUGGGCUUCUGCAAUGGUGAGAUUGCAACAUGGCACGUGUCCAGCAUUGGAGCGCAGGACUACAUCCAGACAGCUACUUUCUACGGCCAUACAUUUGAGCUGAAUGAGCGGACAGAGGACUUUCUCAGCCUCUACCCCAUGACUGGAGAGACCAUCACUAUGAAGUUGGAAAACAUUGGUGUCUGGCUCCUGGCUUCCCUGAAUUCUCACGAGACAACCAAAGGAAUGCGGGUAAAGUUUCGGGAUGCUGAGUGCUAUCAUGACAAUCAGUAUGAGUACAAUGACUAUGAAGAUACAACAGCAAACAAGGAAUUUACCGUGUGGAAACCUCCGAGUUUGGAUGAAAUCAAGAAGGAAGAGGAGAAGCCAAAACCUGCAAAAGAAAGGACAGAGAAGACGGAUAUAGACACAGAAAUGUAUGCAGAUGAAUUAGGUCUCAGGUCUUUGAAGAACCAAUCUAGUAGCACAGAUGUGGAAGAGCUGGACCUGUCUUUCCUCGACUAUGAUGCUAUUGAUGUGCCUGAUGGAGAUACAAAUUCCACCCUUCAUUCCAAGAAGAAAAAGACAAAUGCUCUAAAUAAGAUAUCAUUAUCAAAUUGGAAAGAAGUGGAUGGACAAGACCUUACAGCUGUUAAUUUGCUGAACCAAAGCAUCAGUGAGAAUACAACACAUAUGCAGAACAGUAGUAAUCCAUCAACUUUAGACAGUUAUUUUUCCACCUUUUUUUAUUUCCUAAACAUGUUACUAAAGAAUGGCCGCAUAACCACAAAUGGCAGUGAUUCUGUAGUUGUCUCAGCUCAUGAUAAUGUUACAGAAUCUGACACAAAGAACACAACAGUUCACAAUGCCACUGCAUUAUCAAAGGUUAGGAAUUUAUCAACAGAGAUGACCAAUCUUACUGUGACCUCCAGAGAAACCUCAGGUUCCAUCUUGGAGAUUGAAAGAAUCAAUGUCACCCAGACCGGAACUUCUGUGGGCACGAUCUGGGCCGAGGACUCAGAGGAGAGGCUCACCAGAGGGGAUGUGUUUUCUUCCUCUGUGCCUCUGUCCAACUCCAGCACAAACACUCUCAACAAUAAUCCAGAGGGCAAUGUCACCUCUGAGAAUAACACAGCAACUAACCAUGUUAACAUGUCAGCAGAUGGAACACACCGUUCAUUGUCUAUUCCAGCAUCUGAUGUAGGAGAGGCUGACAUAAGCAGCACAGACAGACAUAUCUUGAUCAUCUCUGAGUUGGAAGUGGAGAGCACAGGAAAUAAUACCAGUGACAAUGACUCUCUGAUAACUAUACCUGAGCCGGAUUAUGGACUUCAAAUGAAUUCCUCUGAAAUUGUGACAUAUCCUGCCAAUUCCAACCAUGACAAUGAAACACACGUUUUGCUUGAAACCGAGCCCUCACAGGAUGUCACAGGGAAUAUAUCCAGAUCAAAUAUAUCAAGUGAGAUUAGUUUGCAGAAUGUCACAGCUCUUCCUGGCGAGUUAAACCACACGUCUAACGGGGAAGGUUUCUCCAAUAAUACUGUGUUUUCAGGGAACCUGGAGGAGGUACCUGCCACAGACAGCAGUGAAGAAGUGCUUAUCUACCUUAAAGAAACAAAUACAGAGGGGAUUAAAACCACCUCUGUCAAAACACAUGGGCACAACUGGACUUAUGAGGUAACUCACCAAGUGGUACCCAUGGAUAUUCCUGACUACAUGAAGAAAUACUUUGGGAAUGAGACGCCUCAAACGACACCAACUCCAAAAAAGAAGACCAAGAAGGUGAAUGUCCGACAGAGGCCCCAGAAGGGCCAACGCAUGAAAACAAAGAAAAGGAAGGAGUUCAAUCCUCUUGUCAGGAGUGGCUUACCACUCUCUCCUCGUGGAUUCAAUCCAGGAAUGAGCCCGCGUGGGUCACGACCCCAUGCACCACAACCCGUCUCUGAUGAGGAGGAGCUCAUUAACAUGCCUGUGGUCAUUGGUGUACCCCGAUACCCCGAUUUCAGUGACUACGAGCUGUGUCCUGGGGACGAUCCAAAUCAUCUAGAGCUUGAUGAGCAAAAUGUGAAAGCAAACGAAUAUGAGUAUGUGUACUUCAAAGACCCCUACAGCGGUCAUGAGGACAUCAAGAAUCUCAACCUGGACGAGACCACCAAAUACUACUUAAAAUUCUCAGGCCCAAAUGUCAAGACUUAUUUCAUCGCUGCAGAGGAGGUUGAGUGGGACUAUGCUGGUUACGGAGCGAGGAGGCAAGACAAGUCGCAACAAAGCAGCAGAGAAACUAAGUUUACCAAGGUGGUUUUCCGAAGUUACAUGGACAGUAGCUUCAGCACACCUGAAAUCCGUGGUGAGUUAGAUGAGCAUCUAGGCAUCCUGGGACCUAUCAUCAAGGCAGAGGUUGGACAAAGCAUCAUGGUGGUGUUCAGGAACAAAGCCAACCGUGCGUACUCCUUACACCCAAAUGGGGUUUCCUACACCAAGCAGACAGAGGGUCUGUCUUACGAAGACGACUCGAAGUACUGGUAUAAAUAUGACAAUGAGGUUCAACCCAAUACUACCUUCACAUAUAUAUGGAAGGUCGAUGCUGUGGUUGGGCCAACGCCAGAUGAGUCUCACUGUCGGACCUGGGCCUACUAUUCAGGUGUUAAUCCUGAAAGGGAUAUCCACUCUGGCUUGAUUGGGCCUUUGCUGGUGUGUCGAGAGGGCACCCUGGACAGGACGUUAACAGACAUGAGGGAGUUCACAUUGCUUUUCAUGAUCUUUGAUGAGUCUAAGAGUUGGUACUACGAGCAGAACCACGAGAUGAUGCAGAGGAAAACCCGAAGGAGAGUUAUGGACCUCAACUUCAAGGACAACCUCAAGUUCCAUUCCAUCAAUGGCAUUAUACACAACUUGAAGGGCCUGAGGAUGUACACCAACCAGCUCGCGUGCUGGCACCUAAUAAACAUGGGUUCCCCUAAAGACUUUCAGAGUGUCCACUUCCACGGACAGACGUUCCUCCACAAGAAGAUAACCAACUACAGACAGGCCGUCUACCCACUGCUGCCUGGGAGCUUUGCUACUCUGGAGAUGUAUCCAUCCAAACCUGGUCUGUGGCAGCUGGAGACAGAAAUUGGAUUCAACCAACAGAAGGGCAUGCAGACCCUCUUUCUGGUUCUAGAUAAUGACUGCUACCGUCCGCUGGGUCUACAGUCCGGCACCGUGAAAGACAACCAGAUCACAGCUAUUAACACUAGAGGAUACUGGGAGCCUCAUCUUGCCAGAUUGAACAAUCAGGGUAAAUAUAAUGCAUGGAGCACAGAGCAGAACCACAGCUGGAUUCAGGUGGACUUCCAGCGGCCAGUUGUGAUCAGCCAGGUGGCCACCCAGGGAGCCAAGCAGAUUUUCUAUUCCCAGUUUGUGGAGAAGUAUGCUAUCUCCUACAGCAGCGACCGCCGGAAUUGGAUUUUCUAUAAGGGUGACAGCAGGGACAUCAGGAAGGUAUUCCCUGGGAACCGGGGAGUCAAUGGGCCAGAGACAAACACCUUCUUUCCUCCUGUGAUUGCACGGUUCAUUAGGCUCCACCCCAUCACCUGGUACAACAAGGCCACACUCCGCAUGGAGUUCUACGGCUGUGAGCUUGACGGCUGCUCAGUGCCGCUGGGGAUGGAGAGCAGACAGAUAGAAGACCAUCGUAUUACAGCCAGCUCCACAGCAUCCAGCUGGUACUCGGGACCCUGGAACCCAUCUCUUGCACGCCUCAACAAGCAGGGCACCAUCAAUGCAUGGCAAGCUAAGUAUAAUGACAUGAACGAGUGGCUUCAGGUGGAGCUGCCCAAAGUUAAGAAGAUCACAGGUAUAAUAACGCAAGGAGCCAAGUCUCUGGGGAAAGAGAUGUAUGUCAUGUCCUAUGCUCUGCAGUACAGCAACAAUGGGAUACACUGGAACCAGUACACAGAUGAUGAGGACCUCCCUUACAAGACCUUUCCCGGAAAUACAGAUAGCAACGACCAUGUGAAAAACUACAUCUACCCUCCUAUUUUCUCCCGCUUCAUCCGAAUCAUCCCCAAAAGCUGGAUGGUCUCCCUCACCAUGAGAAUAGAACUACUGGGCUGUGACUUUGAGUGAAACACACACACUAUAUACAUCUAUACCAAAUGAGGACAGGUCAGGUCAACCAUGCACAUGUACAGGCAAACUGAAACACACAAGUAGUGUACGCACAUCCACUCAUACAGUUUGUGAAACUCAACUGUUCAAAUUGCCACUGGUUUCCUUCUUGCCAGAUGUGGAUGUUGCCACAAGGAGAAUGCAAAAAUAGUAAUAUACAACCUAAUACAAUGCAGGGUGUUUUAUUGUACAAAUAUAUGCCCGGUUUUUAUAUAUAAUAUAAUUUGUUAUAAAACAUAUUAGUGAAUGCAAUAAUAUGCAGCACUUUUUCAAAGCUGAUAUUUGGACAUCAGAAAUGAAUAUAAAUUAAUGUAAAUAUGUAAGUAAAGAUCAUGUAAUUUAUUUUUAAAUAAAUAUGAUGUGAUUUAUGCGUACAUAAA